UAUGCAUAGAGAUAUCAUCAUCAGCAUCGAUAUGAUAAUUGUAUGCUCUUAGGGCUCCUCUCUGGUUUUCUUUUCUUCUCACCCAACCAAAGUAUAAAUGGCUUUUUAUUGAAUCACCCCUUCAAAUUGUCAUUAUCAUUCUCAUUAUUUUUCCUAAGCCAUUAUUUAUAUAUAUCAAUCAAAUUACUAAAUAGAAAAAGGAAAUAAUCAAGCAGGGAUUGAUGGAUGGAAGAGGGAAUUCUGAAUCUGAAGAAGAAAGCUUCCAUUAAUUCUGAAUCACUGUAAGUGUUAAGGGGAACUUAGCCAUUGAACUCUUCUUUGUCAAGAGCACAAGGAGAAACAGGAUGGCAUCAAGUUCAAGGGCAAGUCAGAGCCAAACAAUAGGAAUGGGGAUGAGGUCAGAGGGGAACUAUCAGGCAUACCCACCUCCAGUGGCAGAGUACAGUCAAGUGGUGGCAAGCCCUCAGCUCUUCAUGUCCACUCUUGAGAAGCUCCACUCCACCAUGGGCACCAAAUUCAUGAUUCCAAUCAUAGGGGGAAAAGAGCUGGACUUACAUCGACUCUUUGUGGAGGUAACUUCCCGUGGUGGCAUCGAGAAGAUAAUUAGGGAGAGGAGGUGGAAAGAUGUGACAGCAACUUUCAACUUUCCAUCCACCGCCACAAACGCUUCCUUCGUGCUGAGAAAGUACUAUGUUUCUCUACUUCAGCAUUACGAGCAGAUUUACUUUUUCAGGGCCCGGGGAUGGACCCCCAUGCCAGCAGGAAACCUGCAGAGCCCUCCACUGCAGACGCUUCAGUUCCAGAGAAUAGAACCUGCACCAACUCCCCAGGCUAGCAGGCCGACUUUGACCCAACAGAUGAGGAUGGUUCCUGCAGAGUUGCCCCGAGCAUUAAGCUUAACAAACUCAGCAGGGACUCCAGUUGUGGGCGUGAUCGAUGGGAAAUUUGAGGACGGGUACUUAGUCACAGUGUCACUGGGUCCUGAGAAGCUAAAGGGGGUGCUUUAUCAGAUCCCACAGGAUCCGUCCCAGAAGAUGCCUCAGCAUCAAUCAGGUGGCUUCAAGAUCAACGACCGUGGGGCUCCUGCAGCAUCAGUCACUGUUCAUCGUCGACGACGCCGGAAGAAGUCAGAGAUCAAGAGGAGGGAUCCUGCACACCCUAAACCCAACCGGAGCGGGUACAACUUCUUCUUUGCGGAGCAGCAUGCAAGACUCAAGCCUCUCCACCCAGGAAAGGAUAGGGAGAUCAGCAGGAUGAUUGGUGAACUCUGGAACAAGCUCAAGGAGACGGAAAGAGCUGUGUACCAAGAGAAGGCGAUGAAGGAUAAAGAGAGGUACAAGGCAGAGAUGGAGAAUUAUCGGGAGAGGCUGAGAUUGGGCCAAGUCAUAAGUGAUGCCGUGCCAUUACAGCAGAGGCUCCCCGAACUCGAUGUUGAAAUGGCGGAGGCAGACACUGGUACUGAGGAAGCCGAAGAGGAGUCUCCCCACACUCCUUACAAUGAGAGCAGCACCGGGAAAAGCAACUCCGAGGAGUUUAAGGAAGCAGAAGCAUCCUUGGUAUCGGGGGCAGCUGGUGAAAGCAGCAAUGAGAAUAUGGACACAGAGGGUCCUGCUGGGCCAAAGAGUGCGAGCCAGAACCCCGAAGAUAAGGUCGAGAAGGGGAAGGUGGGGAAUGUAGAUGUGGGUCCGGAGGCUGCAAAUGCGGAAGGUCAGCUUGGGAAAGUUGAGAGGGACGGGGAAGGUAUCGACAGGUCGAUGGAAAUGAAGAAAGAGUGCGAGGGAAAUUAGGGGUUUUGCAGUUAGAAACAUAGGUUAUGUUAUUGGUUCUUUGAUCAUAUCUGGGAUGGUUUAUAGUCGAUAGAAUCAGCUCGCUCUCUCUCUCUCUCGUUCAGGCAAGAGCUGAAGUUUUGGCCGGCUAAUUUCCAUAUGGUUUCUAGGUUGAAGAAAUUUGAUGCAUUUUUUUUAGGAAAUCAGCUGCAUUGAUCCUCUUUAUUGAACAGUAGCUCUUUUGCUCCUGUUACAGUUCUAUCAUAACUGUCCAUAAGAAAUUUGAUGCAUUCUAAGUAAUAUUUAAUUUUGUAUGUUUUACAACAAUAUAUACAAAACUAGAAAAAGUUGUGUUUGGAAAUA